UAAUCCUACUCUAUCUAUGGUUUUAUUUCAAUUUUCACCAUAUAUUAUUAUCUAUCUAUGAAAUACUAUGCCAUUUUAAAUGCCGACAGUAAAUAAUAAUUAUGAAAACGAAAACUAAUGUUAUAGAAUUAUUUGAAGAUGCGAAAACCAAUCAAUCUUAUGUAAAAGUUUGUGCGCCCAUGGUGAGAUAUAGUAAAGUGCAGUUCAGAACUUUAGUAAAAAAAUUUGGAGUGGAUUUGUGCUUUACACCGAUGAUACUUGCAGAUUCGUUUUGUCAAAAUGCGAAAGCAAGGUCAAAUGAAUUUGUAACAACAAUGUAUGACACUCCAUUGGUUGUGCAGUUUGCAGCUAAUAGCAUUGAUGAUUUCUUAGAUGCAUCUAAGUUAGUAUAUCCCUAUGUAGAUGGAGUGGAUCUAAACUGUGGAUGUCCUCAAAGAUGGGCUAUGAAGGAUGGAUAUGGAUGUGCCUUACUAUCUAAACCUGAACUAGUACAUAAUUUAUUAAGAACUGUGAGAAAUAAUUUUCCACAAAAUUUUACAGUUUCUGUGAAAGUAAGAAUAUUACAGGAAGUGAAGAAAACAAUAGCUAUGUGCCAGCAGCUUGAAAAAUGUGGCAUUGAUUUUAUGACUGUCCAUGGACGUACACCGUUACAGAAGAGUGGGGAGGCUAUUGAUGUGGAAACCUUGAAAGAAAUAUGUGACAAAGUUACUGUACCAGUAAUUGCUAAUGGUGGCAUUAAAACUUUAGAUGAUGCAGAUCAAUUGCAAGAAACAUUGAAAUGUGGGGGCAUAAUGGCUGCAAGUGGUAUUUUGAAUAACCCAGCCCUUUUCAGCGGACAUAAUAAAACACCACUCAGUUGUAUUAAACAGUGGAUUGACUUGAAGAAUAAAAGUGAAGAUAAAAUAACAUUUCAAUGCUAUCACCACCAUUUAGUUUUUAUGCUUGAGAAGAUAUUGUCAAAAAAACAAAAGCAGGAGUUUAAUUAUUUAAGUACAUUUGAAAGUGUUGAUCAAUUUUUAAAUAUGCAUGUUAUAAAUGAUUAUAAUUAUUUGCCACCAGCUAGUCCAGUAAUUGAUGAUUUUGUGACAUGUCAAUUUGAUAAAGAAGUCACUGAUAAGCACUCAAGUAAAUGUAGAGGAUGUAGUAAGAGUAUAUAUUAUUGCACUUGUUGUAAUCAUGAUUAUGACAAUAAUAAUGGAAGUUUUUUCACGUACUAUGUCGAAAACACUGAUGUUCUAGAUUAUAUGGACUGCAAUAUGUUUGAUGAAUGUAUUUGACAUAAAAUAAGUUGAUUUUUACUUUUAACUCAAUGAAAAAAAUGUAACCACUAUAGGAUCACUUUGUUUCUGCCUGUGGGUAUGUCUGUUUGACUGACGUAAGUCCAUGUGCCAAGACUUUUAGAAACAGCUUGAUAUAUCAAGUUGAAAUUUGUAUUGGAUACUAAGGUUCAGUAAUCUCGUCAUCAUCUACACUAAGUUUGUAUGUUUGUUUUUAGGAAGAAAUCUCUGGAGCUACUGAAUCGAUUUUGAAAAUUCUUUCACCAGUAGAAAGGUACAUUAUUCCUGAGUGGCAUAGGCAAUUUUAUUUUCAAAAGAGAUUCCUGCAAAAAUUGUAAUAAGCUACCCGUGCGAAGCCGGGGUGGGUCCUAGUAUUUUAUAAGGCAAUUCCUGAAUCACCAUCUUAAAAUAUGGCAUGAAGGGAGCUCUUGUAGCACAAGUAAACUGUACAGGAAUUUGUGAAAAUUACUUGGUGGAAUUAUGUGGUGCGAGUGGAAAUAUUAUGAGACAAACUUAUCCUUACUAAUAAAUUAUUAUACUUAAA